AUGCGAUUUGUCCAGGACAAGGAGGAGAGGGAGAGGCGAUGGAACAACCUCCACGACGAGUUUGCCCCGAAAGCGUUCAACUCUGUACAGUUCCUCAAAGGGUACUACAUCAAACUCGGGCAAGUUGUCUCAUCCAAGGGUGACCUUCCUCACCAGUUCGUUGAGAUCUGCAGCGCGCUGCAGGACGAGGUCCACAGCAUGGGAGAGGAGCAGGUCAGGAGGCUGCUGCGGUCAGAGCUCAGGACGGGGUUGGAGGAUGUGUUUGAAAGCUUCGACUUCCGUCCGGUAGGAUCUGCGAGCAUCGGACAGUGUCAUGCAGCGAAGUUGAGGACAGGGGAGCAAGUCUGUGUGAAGGUGAUGAAUCCAGAUGCCGAAAGCUUCUUCAGGUCCGAUCUGUUUUCCGCCAAGUUGUUCUGCCGUUUUGCCAUGCCGGUGAUCAUAGACGAGAUCGAGAAGCAGUUCCUCAGCGAGUUUGACUACACGAAAGAGGCGAGGAACCUUCAAGCUGACUGGUCUCUCAGAUUCCAUCCCUCGAUCGCCCGCAUCCCUAGGGUUUAUCCCCACCUGUGCACCAAGAGCAUUCUUGUGAUGGAGUACUUCUCCGGAAAGAAGAUCAUAGCGGACCUGAGACUGCGCACAGACAAGCACAAGGGCAACAAGCGCCUCCAGGAGUUUGUCAAUGAGAACUCGACUGUGGAUGCCGGUGGGAUGUCACUGAUGGGAAGAAGCUUGUUGACUUCAUAUUCAGCCUUUAUCCUGCUUGAUGGAGCUUUCAACGGCGAUCCUCACCCCGGCAACAUCCUCAUCAGUCCUUCAGGGGCCCUUGAGCUCAUCGACUUUGGGCAAGUGAAGCGUCUCACAGAGCAGCAGAGGCGAGACCUGGCGAACAUGCUGGUCUACCUCGCCGACGGAAAGCUUGAAGACGCGCAGGAUCUCUUUGUGCGAAUGGGAUUCCGCACCAAGAAGAUGGACCCCUAUGUCAUCCAGACUAUGGCGAUCUUGUACUUUGACCGCGACUCCAAGGACGUGACGCAAGGGAUGGACGCGAGAAGUUUUGUGGAGAAGCUCCAGCAGCGAGACAACUUUGAGAGCGUUCCCAACGACUACAUCAUGGUCGCUCGAACCUCCGUCCUCCUGCGAGGGCUGGGCUCCCGUCUAGGAAAGAACGUGAGCAUCGCCAAGGCCUGGAGACACCUGGCAGAGCAAGUUCUCAAUUCUCCAACGACCACACAGACAUUUUAA